AUGGCAGAUGACUGGCAAGACCAUGCGCUUUCAACGCGCCAUAUGCAUAACCGCAACUCGCGGCGAGAUUCCAAGGACAAGAAGAAGACGGCCAAUUUUGACGUCCGCAAGACCUUUGGCGACUACGAGGUGAAGUGCACCGCAUAUGACCGGGUCCUGAAGGGUUCCCUCGAGGCCGGCGACCAGGACGAUCUGGACGAGCCGCAGCUAGAGCUUCUCCGCCUGACCGAUGACGGGCAGGGCAUCCUGGGCCAGCUCAAGCUGCCGGGUGUCGUUGCCGCCACCGUCGUGCUGGCCGCCAGCAGGAAGCGGCUGCAGAUCAUCACGGAUCGGCUCUCGGGCGCCGUGGCGGGGGAUGAAGAGGAUGAGGAGGAUGAGGAAGAUGCCAACAGUGCCGACCACGAUGACGAGGACGGUGGCGAGGACGGGGACGCUACGCCGGAUCGGUUCGACACCUUUGAGAAGAACUCGUUCCGCUCUCCCAAGUUCUGGCUCGCGUGGAAUGGCGUGGUGGAUUCCAAGGCGAGGGAGAACGCACCCCCGCUCUCUCCGGUCGUGUCGAGGAAAUCAUCCAAUGCGUUUUCGUUCAAGUCGAGCGCGUACCAGCAUGGCCUCGGCUACGUCGUCUUUACUACCAACGACUGUCGCAGGUUCAAGGGCACUCUGAGCUGUAGGGAGCUCGGUUGGAAGGACGUGAGCCUGAACGGCUUCAAGAGCACCGGCAGAAGCGAAAGCGACAGGCCGGUGACCUGGGCCGGGAAGGAUGUGGAUGGCGAUGCCGGGGCUAGGAGUAAAGCUGGGGUGCAGAUACCCGGUCCCGAGGGUCGGGUCGAUCCAACGACCAGGCGCGUGAUAUUUGACUAA